ACACUCCACACCACAGAGCACAAGAAAAGUUUUGCAAAUAUUCACUUUCUUCGGGCUAUCGGACAGUUUAAAGACCUGGAUCGGAUGCCCUGUGGGGAGCAAUAUUUAUCAGUCAUUUAGCUCAUGAGAUGAAACAAGGGAGCAUGGCUGCGGCGCUACUGUCAGAGACGGAGAUCAGGCAUCGGUCUAUGGCAGAGGAGGAUCCGAACGGGAAUGAACAUGGGGCGUCUGCGCGCAGCACCGCGCCUCGCUGGGGCCCGCAGCACGCCGGGGCCCGACAGCUCGCCAAGCUUUACUCUCCCGGAAAGCGGCUGCAGGAGUGGAUCUGUGUGAUUCUGUGCCUCUCGCUCUUUGUUAUAAACCUCUCCUUCCUCUUCCUCAACUUCUCCACAGUGCACAUCUACAAAAUCAUCUUUGGCAUUGUGACUGGUAUUGUGACAGCAGAUUUUGCCUCUGGGAUGGUACAUUGGGGAGCCGAUACAUGGGGUUCAGUGGACAUCCCAGUAAUUGGGAAGGCAUUUAUUCGCCCGUUCCGGGAGCACCACAUUGAUCCGACGGCUAUCACACGGCAUGACUUCAUAGAGACUAAUGGAGACAACUGCAUGAUCACCAUCCUGCCUCUGGCCCACAUGGCCUAUAAAUUCCUCUCCUACCCACCAGAUGCCCUUGCAGAGUCCUACCCCUGGGAAUGUUUUGUUUUUGCAUUGGCGGUUUUUGUAACCAUGACUAAUCAGAUCCACAAGUGGUCCCACUCCUACUUCGGCCUGCCAUGCUGGGUCACACUACUGCAGGACUGCCACCUAGUGCUGCCACGGAAACACCACCGGAUCCAUCAUGUGUCGCCACAUGAGACGUACUACUGCAUCACCACAGGGUGGUUGAACUACCCACUGGACAGAGUGGGUUUUUGGCGGACAUUGGAGUGGUUGAUCGAGAGAUUGACGGGUCAGAGACCACGCAGUGAUGACAUGGCCUGGGCCAAGAAAACUGAGUGACCAGGAAACAGGACUGAACCCCUCCCUCAUCCAUCUUUCCCCCUGUUAAGGGGGAACAGAAACCGAAUAUGGGCCUUACCUCUGUAUCCCAAAACCUCUCUCCUGUAAUGUUCCUGUGUCCCUCCAUCUCCCCUAAACAGUCUUCUCCACAGCACAGAACCACAGAGCACUCUUACUGCUGGGGCCUUUCCCUGUCACAGGUCUGCUACACACAAGCCAUCACCUGUUCCUCCUCUGCUGGCUUCCUCCUCUGUUUUGUAGAUGUCCACACGCAACGAAAUAAUACAAAGACAAGAUCAAGUUCAAAACGGUGGUUUCAAACUGUUGAGAUAAUGAUGAGAGACACUGUUCCUCUCACAAUCAUUUCCUCAAUCUCCAUGUGCUUUUUCGUUUCGGUGUGUAAAAUGUAUGUUUUCUGGAGGUUGGGCUCUCCAGAGGACCGAAACCAUGUUGUGAUUUUCCCAGCAUGGUUGUCAUAGCUGUGCAUGGAAUGAGAGAAGCAAUUAAAAGUGGAUUUGAUUCCAGAAACGGCAAAAAAAAGAUUUAUCGCUAUCUCAGACACUCUCCAGUUUCACAAAAGCAUCUCGGCAGUGUUAAAACCCUCCCUUAGUUUGGACCGAAGAACGCAUGGAGGAUCCAUUUCUCAAAACGCAGGGAAAGGGUUUUGUUGGCCAACCAGCGUGGUCCGUGAUCAGUUGACCCAACUGAAUGUUGUCCCUGAAUGUUUCUUAUUGAGCUCAUGUUGGCCUUAAGUACAAACCCAUUACACUUAUUUCUAAUCAGCUUACUGGGGCUUGAUAUUUGGAGUAGUAUUAGCAGUCUAGCUAGUGAUGUCCUCCUGCUGUAUCCUGUGGUACAACGGUUUAGCAAAGGUUGUACUAGCAAAAGGUCACUUUAGAAAAAGGUCAAUUUGAAUCUGAGUUACCAAGCUUUAAGAGAAUCAUGUUUUUUUUUAUUAUUAUUGAAUGAUUUUUGCCCUUUAUUUGACCAAUGGUAUUUCUCAUGCAAAACUAAAGUGAAAAACAGCCAAAUACACUCCCUGUUUUCUCUCUCACGCAUAUUUACACAUGCACACUUACGGAUUUUCAUCAUGAGCCCUAAAAAACUAUGAAUUUCCUAUGGGUUUUUGUCUCUCCAUUUGCGCUGUACUGAUAAAUGGAGAGAAUAAGGGUUUUAUAAAGUGUUUCAGUAUGGAUUGUUUCACGUUCUCUUUCAACAGCUGCAGCUCCACAAUUUGGGUUUCAUUGUCUUGCUUUUUUUUUUUUUUUUAAAUCAUAGUACAAUAUAACUUUCAGCCUUGUAUUUAUUUGUUCUUAUUUUACAUCUCGCAGCUAAUGCUCGCUGCUAGUCUGCCUUAAACCGACGUUUUUAUUAACUGUAUGAUUUAAUAAAUAUCU